AUGACUCCUUUCAAACUAUUAAUUUGGAAUUCACAAGGUCUUGGAAACCCUUUAUCUCGUCACCAUCUAAAUAACAUUUCUAAGCAAUUUACUCCUGCUCUAACCUGUAUCUUGGAAACGAAGAAUAAGGCAGAGUAUGUUAGUUCUGUCCUUCGAAAAUCAGGGAACAACUUCCAUUUCGUAAUUGAUCCGGUUGGUCGGGCUGGGGGCAUUGCAAUUGGAUGGCGUGAUGGUCUCCUCGUCACUGUUCAAUCACAGUCUGGUUUUUAUGUCCAUCUGACUAUCGCUUGCCCUGAACUUGAAAAAGAGAUUGACGUAAUAGUAGUAUAUUUGAGUACAACUUUUGAUGAUCGUCAAGACCAACUACAGUCUCUUGUUCCUCUCUUAUAUGGUUUGCAACGUCCAUAUGUUGUUGGGGGGAUUUUAACAUGCUUCUUUCAAAUACAGAAAAAUUGGGAUAUGGGUUUCUAUGGAUUUCCUUUCACCUGGAACAACCAUCGAUCAGAACAAGAUAACAUUAAAGAGAGGCUAUACAGAUUUUUGUGCUCGCCAUCUUUUAGACAGUUGGCCCCUUUUGCCAUUGUACAACAUCUGGAUGAACUUGGUUCAGACCACCGGCCUAUAUUAUUAGAUUUAUUCCCAUCGAGGAUUAAGACUCCACGUUUGUUUCACUUUGAUCGAAGAUGGAUCGGAAAUGACGAUUCUCACAGACUGAUUACCCAAUCUUGGCAAACCAGCAACUCUGGAAAUCCUAUGUACCAAGUGUUUUCCAAGUUAAAAGCUUGUCGGCAUUCCUUAUUCCAAUGGUCCAGAAGCGGUACUACAAAUUCACACCGCCGGAUUACUACUUUAUCAUCCCAACUCUCUGACCUUAAAAGCAAUAUCACUGCUAUCAACCCAUCAUCAAUUCAAGCUUUGGAGUCCGAGUUAGCUGGUGCAAUUCGAGAAGAAGAAAUUUAUUGGGCACAAAAAUCCCGUCAAUUAUGGCUUCGUGAAGGGGACAAAAACACUGCUUUUUUUCAUGCAUGUACCAAGCAACGACAUGCCCGUAAAAAGCUACACGGUAUCCAAGACUCUUCCGGGAUAUGGCAAACUAACCCAGGAACCAUGAAAUCUAUUAUAUCCAGAUAUUACAAAGAUAUCUUCACUACACAAGGGCCUCAAGAUUAUGAACUUAUAACUCAAGGUUUACAUGCAAGAGUAACUCGUAGUAUGAACAGUACUCUAAUUCGGGAUGUCUCUGAUUCCGAGAUUAAGCAGGCAGUUUUUUCAAUGAGUUCUAACAAAGCACCCGGAGAUGAUGGUUUCACAGCUCUCUUUUACCAAACAUACUGGCCUAUAAUUGGUACAGAUAUUUGUAAAGCAGUGCACCGUUUCUUUCGUCGUGGGAAACUUCUCCGAAACUUCAACCAUACUCGGAUAUGUCUGAUUCCUAAAGUUGCAGAUGCAAAAACAGUACAACAGUUGAGACCUAUCAGUCUAUGCACUGUUUUUUACAAGAUCAUUUCAAAGGUCAUGACCACAAGAUUAAAGCAUAUAAUGUCACAAAUCAUUAGCAGUUCACAAAGUGCCUUUUUGGAAUCUAGACUCAUCUCUGAUAACAUUUUGGUGGCACAUGAACUUAUGCAUUUCUUAAAAAAUAGAAGAAAUGUACAACGACAAGAUAUGGCUAUCAAACUAGAUUUAAGUAAAGCCUAUGAUCGAGUUGAGUGGGGUUAUCUUCGACAUAUGUUAUUCCGACUGGGCUUCCACCCGCGUUGGGUUAAUUGGGUGAUGGAAUGUGUUUCGACUGUGUCCUAUACGGUAUUGGUAAAUGGGGAACCAACUGAUGUAAUUUAUCCUUCACGAGGCAUUCGUCAAGGGGAUCCUUUGUCACCAUAUCUAUUCCUAUUAUGUUCAGAAGGUUUUUCUUUCCUACUACAAAAGGCAGAAUUGAAUGGAUCUUUGGUAGGUAUAAGAAUUGGCCGGUAUUGCCCAACCGUUUCUCACCUACUGUUUGCUGAUGAUUCACUUUUGUUCUCCCGUGCUACUGAAUCUGAUUGCUGCACUAUUGUUCGUUUGUUGCAACUAUACUGUCAAGUAAGUGGCCAACAAAUUAAUAUGGACAAAUCCUCUGUUUGUUUCAGCAGUAAUACACCUCAAAGAUUUAGAUUGCAUAUGGCCAGGAUACUUGGCAUUACGGUGAUAGGCGCUAAGGAUAAAUAUUUAGGACUUCCUUCUGUGGUGUCUAAAUCCAAAAAGGAAACGUUUUCUGAGAUUAAGUUACGUAUCGCCCACCGACUAUCAGGUUGGAAAGAACAAAUGCUUUCGAGUGGUGGAAAGGAGACACUCAUUAAAUCAGUUGUUACGUCUAUUCCGGUAUAUCUUAUGUCUUGCUUCCGAUUACCUAAAGGUUUAUGCCAAGAUAUCAACGGAAUGAUUGCUCGUUUUUGGUGGUCUACAAAUGGAAAAAGUGACGGAAUCCAUUGGGUUAGUUGGCGCAAUAUGUGCAAAAGCAAACGUGAUGGUGGUAUGGGCUUUCGGGACAUUGAAGCAUUCAAUUUGGCAUUGCUUGCUAAACAGGGCUGGCGUCUAUGUUAUCGAGUUUUCAAAGGACGGUAUUUCCCCAAUUCCACAUUCUUACAUGCGGAUCUAGGAUCCAAACCUAGUUGGGCCUGGAGAAGUAUUAUGGCAGGAAAGGAAAUCUUAUCUCAAGGUGUUCGAUGGCGUAUUGGCAAUGGUAAUUUAGUGAGCUGUUUUCUUGAUCCUUGGAUACCAUCCUGUUUCCCAUUUACACCAAAUUUGCGGACUGAUGUAUCUAGUACUAUCACUUUAGUCAAUCAGCUGAUUAUAGGAAAUCCUCCACGAUGGAAUACAAGCUUGCUACAUAAUCUAUUUUACGAUGAUGUUGUUCUUCAGAUUCAAAGUAUUCCUUUGGGUGUUUCGGGGCAAAUUCAAGACAAACUAAUUUGGCACUUCACCAAGAAAGGUAACUAUGAUGUCAAAUCAGGAUAUCAUGUAGCUUUACAACAUAUUAACUCGAUCAGAUCUGUUGUUCGUAUCCCAUAUGCCGUACCACACUUGUCAUCAGAUUUUCAAUGGAAUUCAAUAUGGAACUUGUGUGUUCCACCAAAAAUUCGCAUUUUUCUAUGGCGCUUUUUUUCAAAUAAAUUAGCGUUAGGGAACAAUCUUAAUCAUCGAAUAAACGCGAUCUCCCCAACUUGUCGGGUAUGUGGAAAUGCUGAAGAGACAACAUUCCAUUUGUUCUUCUUAUGUUCGAAGUCUAGGUGUGUGUGGUUUAGCUCUAUGCUAUCCCUGCGGUCAGAUACACCUACAAUUACUUCAAUUGGGGAUUGGUGGCUGAAAAUACAACAAACCAUGGAAAAUUCUGAUCAAACUAUGUUUGCCUUCAUCUUGUGGUAUUUAUGGAAGGCACGUAAUGCACUCUUCUUCAAAGGUGAAGAUUGGUCGGCAACAGAAAUAGUUUCAAAAGCGAAUUGUCAUUGUCUAGAAUUCCUUGUGGCAUCCAAUUCGGAGGAAUCAGCCUCACAAUUGGUUCACCAACCUACCAUCCCUCCUCAACAUACCGGUUGGAAUCCUCCCCCCCAAGGUACAAUCAAACUAAACUUUGAUGCUGCUUUAAAUUCGAGUGAUCAUGUAGGAUCUAUUGGCGUGGUAUGUUCAAAUGAUUCUGGCAUUCCAUUUCUUUGCUUUACCAAAAAAAUAUAUGGUGCUUUCUCGCCAAUAGCAUUAGAAGCUAUCGCUCUGUUGGAGAGUCUGUUGCUUGCCAAGCGUAUGGAGUUUCCACAUGUGCUCAUUGAGGGUGAUGCAAAAAAUGUUAUAGAUACUAUGAAUGGUGAGCCUCUAUCGGAUUCAAGUAUUGAGGUGGUAAUAAUUGAUUCAACUCGCUUAGCAACUUUGUUCUCAUCAUGUACUUUUCAAUUUGUUAAACGCACUUAUAAUCGGAUGGCUCAUAAAGUAGCCAAUAAGGCCCUGUAUGACUCAUUUUUAGGGGAAAAUCACAAUCUUCUACUACAAUGGCUCAUCACUUCCAUUUCUGCUUUGUCAUCUAAGGGGCCAUAUAAGUGGCCCCUCUUACUUCCGCUCUACAGGGACAUUUGGUGGACCGCCUCUAGUAUCAGGUACUCUUUUCUGGUGAUUAUCGAUUUGGAUGAUCUCGACAUUUCAUUUUUUCCUUAUCUGCAAAUUCAAGGUAAUACUUAUAUCACAGUAGCCGUUACCAACGUAGCCGCGAAGUCCACUGUUAGCUCUUUUAUUUCAAGAAGGCUCAUCAUCUUCAUGAGAUGGCCUUUCUUCUAA